CGGGGGCUGAGUCCAGGAAGCAGAGUCCGCCCCCCGAGACUUCAAAAGGUGAGCCCCCAAGAGGCUCCUGCAUACUUGAGGUGGUGCCACAGACCCGCAGGAUAAGUGGACCGCUGGCGGUGAGGCGGCUGAGCGGGCGGAAAUUCACCGGGACCGGCGCAGGGCGCCGAGUCGCAUCGCCAAAGCUGUGUGGCGCGCUCUGGGAGGCCCUGGGGCCAUCGGCGCGCAUCUCGCCUCCAGCCAUGGGUUCGGCAGCGUUGGAAAUCCUGGGUCUGGUGCUGUGCCUAGUGGGCUGGGUGGGCCUGAUCCUGGCAUGCGGACUGCCCAUGUGGCAGGUGACCGCCUUCCUGGACCACAAUAUCGUGACGGCGCAGACCACAUGGAAGGGGCUGUGGAUGUCAUGCGUGGUGCAGAGCACGGGGCACAUGCAGUGCAAGGUAUAUGAGUCUGUGCUGGCGCUUAGCGCAGAGGUGCAGGCAGCGAGGGCGCUCACCGUCGGAGCGGUGCUACUGGCGCUUGUAGCGCUCUUCGUAAGCCUGGCGGGCGCACAGUGCACUACCUGUGUGGCCCCGGGCCCAGCUAAAGCGCGCGUGGCCCUCACGGGCGGCGUGCUUUAUGCGCUGUGCGGGUUGCUGGCACUCGUACCGCUCUGCUGGUUCGCCAACAUCGUAGUCCGCGAGUUCUACGACCCGGCGGUGCCAGUAUCGCAGAAGUACGAGCUGGGCGCAGCGCUGUACAUCGGCUGGGCAGCCUCCGCUUUGCUCAUGUGUGGGGGCGGCCUGGUGUGCUGCGGCGCCUGGGUCUGCGCCGGCCGCCCGGACCUCAGCUUUCCAGUUAAGUAUUCUGCGCCGCGACGGCCGACGACCAGCGGCGACUACGACAAAAAGAACUACGUCUGAGGGUGCGGAGUACAGCGGUGUCCCUCCUGGCAGCCAGCGAGCGAACGGAAGGAUCAAAUGGAAGCGCACUGCAGGGACUGCAGGCAUCGUAAAGUUGAGCCGUGCACAGAUCAUGGAACAUCGGGCUCUGCGUACUGACCAGACCUGCCAGUGCCCGCAGCCCGUUCUGUGACCAUUACCAGCCCUCGCCCUGCCCUAAACAUACGACGUGUGCUUGUGAGGACUUGAUAGGUUUCUUCUCCGUGUGCUGUGGUGACUAGACGUGGGUGGGACUCUCGGAUUCCGUCGGCCCAGUGGGCAUGACUGCAGAAGCCAAUUCCUUCCCGACCCUGUGGGUGGGGUAGGGUCUUGCAUGCUGUAUUAGUUCUCUGCCGCUCUGAAUUCGGAAGAGCAGACGGAGAGUCCACUGUCCCAAAUCUGGGUUGCUGAACUGAUGUGUAAAAACGGCCAUUUUCUGGGGCUUGAGCUCAAGGGACCAAGGGACUUGGCUUGGAUCUCCCUGCCUCACACCAGCCACACCCCUCCUUUCCCCCGCCUGUGGCGAGGCUGUGGGCACCAGAAACUGAGCUAGGGCGCUGCCUUCUUUGCAGCUGGGGUGGGGGUGGGGAGGUUAAGAAUUUGCUUAGUAAAUGGUUUUAACACUA